AUGGCUAAAGUUUUUGUCACUAUUUUUGUCGCUAUAUUAGCUAGCGCUGCUGCUGAUCAGUGUACCCCGGAGAGUUGUAAUGGCGAAAAACAUUCUUUGUGUUUGUAUAGCUCACCAGAUCCAUCACCAAAUUGUAACAAAGUCCAAACUAGUUCACUGACACCCGACGAAGAAAAAGAAAUUCUUGAUGCGCACAAUAAAUUCCGAGCUACAAUAGCUAAUGGAAAAGAAAAACUUGGACAUCCUGGACCACAGCCAGCUGGUAAAAUUCCUCCACUCAAGUGGGACAAAGAAUUAGCAAAUGUUGCUCAAAGAUGGGCCAACCAAUGUAAAUUCGGUCACGAUAAAUGCCGUGAUGUUGAACGUUUCAAAGUUGGACAGAAUGUAGCCUCGAAAAUGUACAGCGACGGACACAAGGCAAAAAUGACCGAAUUGGUUAAAUUGUGGUACGAUGAAGUAAAAGACUUUGACAGCCGGCAGGUCAAGAGCUUUAAACCACAAUCAUCUCCCGAAAUCGGACACUACACCCAACUUGUUUGGGGUAAGACCACUCUCGUAGGUUGCGGUGUCGUUAAAUAUUUGAAAGACAAAUGGUACACAACCUACUUGGUUUGUAAUUAUGGUCCAGCUGGAAACAUGAUCGGCAGUCCACUUUACCAGACUCUUUAA